AUGGCUACCGUGCUUAGCUCCUCGGGUCUAGAGGCUGAGCCAGUUGUGCCCUACACACUCUUCACUAAAAACGAACGCCGCUGGAUAGUGGCAAUGAUUGCCCUCGCUGGCUGGUUCUCGGCACUAAGCAGCUUCAUCUACUACCCUGUCAUUCCCGUCAUCGCCGGCGACCUUGAUUCGUCGAUUGGCAUGAUCGAUCUCACCGUCACUUCGUACCUUUUCGUCUCGGCUAUCGCUCCAGCUGUCGUUGGAGAUGCCGCUGACACUUUUGGGCGGCGCCCUAUGUAUGCAAUCACUCUCACGCUGUACGUGGCGGCCAACGUGGGCAUAGCGAUCCAGCGCUCAGCUGUGGCUUUGUUGCUUCGGAUGUUGCAGAGUGCAGGAAUUUCCGGGACAUUUUCUGUGGCGUACGGAGUCAUUGCGGACAUCUCAACCCCUGCCGAGAGGGGUGCCUUUGUCUCGGCUCUCUCAUUCGGGAUAACCACCGCCCCAAGCCUCGGUCCCGUCCUGGGAGGCGCCUUUGCCUCUGGCCCUGGCUGGAGAUGGAUAUUUUGGUUCUUGACCAUAGCCUCCGGCUUCUGUCUUUUGGCCAUGAUGCUGGCUCUCCCAGAGACGCAUCGUGCCUACAUAGGCAAUGGUGGCACUCGACCAGCAAGGCUCUACCGAUCUGUCGCUCCACACAUUAUGAGACCUUGGAAGGGCGAUCGCGGCCUCAGAGCUCCUCCCUUGCCUCGAAAGCCUCGGGUAUUACCAAACCCCAUCAAGAGCCUGCUCAUCCUUUCACGCAAGGAUGUGGCCGCAAGCAUCAUGCCCGGUAGCUUCCUCUACACCGUUUAUUGCUGCAUUCACGCGUCUCUUGCAACAACAAUGAUGGAGGUUUACCAUCUCAACAAGUUGCAGGCCGGACUCAUCUACCUUCCUUUCGGGCUCGGCGCCAUCGUUGCAACGCUGGCGUCAAGCAAAUGGAUCGACCAUGACUACCGAGUGGUGGCCAAGGCGCACGGCCUACCAAUCAACAAGGUAUCAGGUGAUGACCUUUUACACUUUCCAAUCGAGGAAGCUCGUAUUCGGAGCGCAUUUCUACCCACCUUCUUCUCCUUUGUCUCUGUCUUGGCGUAUGGGUGGCUGGUCGCCAAACACACGGUGAGAAACGCCACAUAUAAGUUGGUUCCUAUUGUUGACUCGAUUAGCAUCUCGCGGCGCCUCUAG